GAAGCCCCUUUUUGCGAUGCUGUAUUAUUGGAUGGAAAUGUAAGCACUAUUUUUCGCUCAAACAUAAAAAUCACUCUUCAAAACAAGUUUUAAGUGCCCUAGCAUGGCAAAGAAAAUAAUCGAAAUGUGCACCGAAGUGUGUUGACGUAUUAAAAAUGAUUCUUGCUGGCACGGAGCAAUGCAACGUGGUUGAUGAAUGUUCAUCUGUCUCGCUUUUCGGUCCGGUCGACACAUGGCCACUUAACAAGCUACCGUGUGCCAAACACACAUUUGUUAGGAUUCGGCACAAAGAGCAUUCGGUCGAAAGAAGCAACCCACCAGAGCUCGCUCCAGCUCGUUAGGAUAGCAGCCAUGGUGACAUUGCACUAUUUACCAUCAGCGUCGUUGCAGUGCACGGAGUGUGCGACAACGGGACUGGCAAGCGAAUGAUCUUGCACCGACAGAGGGCCAAUUUUGUAAAAAGGUUCGGGACGCGCAAGAAACGACCAUUGCUCGUCCCCACGGUCGCUCUCUUCUGCUUACUUUCUGCACUCACGAGCAACCGUCUGGCACUGACGGUUAUUGGAAAAUACUCGUUUGAAAAAUCGUCCACAGCUUAGUGAUAAAGCAUCCAUCGUUAAGAAGCGCCCCGCGUAGGUGUGGCGCUGUGUAGCGUGCAGCAGUAACGCUCGGCCGGAAAGUGAGCCCAAAAACACGAGAUGGCGUGAGAUCGGCAACACUACUUAGAAGUAGUGCAUGAGGGAAAAGCGAUGGUUUGCGAUUUGGAUGGGCCAGAGGCAGCAUAAACUAUCCACUUCCUUCUGAGUAAAGUCGCACUUGCCCGCGCGUGCAUUUCCAAGCAUGCAACUCUAUCGGAUUGAAAUCUCCUGGUAGAAAAUUGGACCGAAACACUAACUGAUGUCGCAUGAUAGUGCAAUCUAGCUUUGGAGCUGUCAUGUUCGAUCCGUACGUAACGAUCGCACUGAGCAGCCGAUGCAUGGCACCUGUCAGAUAUCAUUUCGUGCUGUGGCCAUUAAUUCUGAUCGGCGUUAGUAGUCUGGUACCGCCUGGCAGGGGCUUGGACAUAUCUAAGGUUACGCUGGAUACUGCAUUCUAUUCCCUGUUUGGUUGUGCUCGCGAUUUGAAUGUCCCCGAGGAUUUAAUCCAGCUGUACAAGGAACGCAUCUUUCCCGACGAUCAGUUAACAUGCUGCGUGUUCCGAUGUUUCGGAAUGCGGCUUGGUAUCUACGAUGACGUCAAAGGAUUUGACGUGGAUAAGCAGUACGAACGAGUGAAAGACCGGCUGUCGGUUGACGAGGACACAUACAAGCGUGGCGUUAAGAACUGCAUCAGGAAUGUACUGCGUGGCCGUACGCUGAACAACUGCGAAAAAGCUUACCUAAUCUUAAAUCAGUGUCAGGGUAACACCAUUACGAAUAGUCUAAAUCAGCAACUUAACGAAAUACGCUGUAAUUAAAUGUGUUUUGAAUUGUUUCUCUAUUGAAACAAAUGGUUUCUCUUGUGUGUGGUGGUUGGUUAUUUCAUUUGUUAGUUAUUGGUUCUUUGUUUUUUCUUUGUAUCACAACACUAGUAAGACAAAAGGUUUCAGCAGCUCGUUUGUUAAACAAGUGAAACAAGUUUACUGUUGGCACUGUGUUUUGCAUAUGAGGGUCUAUCGUUUCGUCAUUAUUAUGAAUGAUCUGAGUAAUGUAAUUGGCGAACAAUUUGCAAUACUCUUAUGUUUGAAAGUGUAGGUAAACGAAAAACACUAAAG